ACUGAGUAGCCCUUAUGACCAACAUGAGCUGGAGCUUUCUCACCCGCCUGCUAGAAGAGAUCCACAACCACUCCACCUUCGUGGGGAAGGUCUGGCUCACCGUGCUCAUCGUCUUCCGCAUCGUCUUGACGGCGGUGGGGGGCGAGUCCAUCUACUCUGAUGAGCAGAGCAAGUUCACCUGCAACACCAAGCAGCCCGGCUGCGACAACGUCUGCUACGACGCCUUCGCCCCGCUCUCCCACGUCAGGUUCUGGGUCUUCCAGAUCAUCAUGAUCUCCACCCCUUCCGUCAUGUACCUGGGCUACGCCAUCCACAGGAUCGCCCGCUCGGCGGAGGAGGAGAAGAAGUUCAAGGGGUUCAAGAAGAAGAAGCAGUUUGCUCUGAACUGGCAGGCGGUGCGCAGCGUGGAGGACCCGAUGGAGGCCGACGAGGAGGAGCCCAUGAUCUCGGACGACGCGGCGGAAGGCGAGAAGGCCAAAGCCAAGCCCAAGAGCAAAGAGCCCCAGAAGCACGACGGGAGGAGGCGCAUCCAGCAAGAAGGACUGAUGAAGAUCUACGUCUUCCAGCUCCUCACCAGAGCUUCCUUCGAAGUCUGCUUUUUGAUAGGGCAGUAUCUGCUCUACGGUUUUGAGGUAGAAGCCUAUUACGUCUGCAACAGAGUCCCUUGCCCUCACACUGUGGACUGCUUCGUGUCCCGGCCGACGGAGAAGACCAUCUUCCUCCUGGUGAUGUACGUCGUGAGCUGCCUCUGCUUACUGCUGAACAUGUGUGAGAUGUUCCACCUGGGGUUUGGGACCAUCCGAGACGCCAUCCGCAACCGGAAAAUCAACAGCUUCAGGCAGCCCCCCUACAACUACGCCUACCCCAAGAACAUCUCCUGCCCUCCCGAGUACAACCUGGUAGUGAAAUCAGAGAAGUCCACCAAGAUCCCCAACAGCCUGAUGGCUCACGAGCAGAACCUGGCGAACGUGGCGCAGGAGCAGCAGUGCACCAGCCCCGACGAGAACCUCCCUGCAGACCUGUCCACCCUCCACAAACACCUGCGGGUGGCCCAGGAGCAGCUGGACAUAGCAUUUCAGAGCUACAGCAGCACCCAGGGCAACACGCAACCUUCUCGGACCAGCAGCCCCGCCUCGGGUGGCACGGUGGUGGAGCAGAACAGGGCCAACACCGCCCAGGAGAAACAGGGUGCUAAACCCAAGGCCUCCUUGGAGAAAGGAAGCUCGAGCAGUAAAGAUGGGAAGACGUCUGUGUGGAUCUAG